AUGUCCAAGCACGGCAGCGAGUCGGAAUUCGAGUUCAUCGAGACUCCAAAGGCACCGUCGCCAGCCUUUGAGAAGGUCGAGGACUGCGGUGUGCCCACCACUUCGUAUCCGGCCAUCAAAAAUGCCCCCCUGCCCGCCGAUGGCGCCGGCAACGAGAGCUUCUCGUACCCGCUGGCCCUCUCCCUCUUCAUCGGCAUUCCCACCUAUAUGGCCUGGAAGCUCGGUGGCGGCAUGAAGACCAGCAUCUUCCUGGCCCUCUUCACCACCUUGCCGUUGCUGGUCGGCUACUGGAUGACCAUCUCCUCGCUGAGUCCGCGCGUCAACGAGAAGGCCCGCCUGCCCGGCCGGCCCAUCGAGCACUACCUCACCUUCAAGAAGGCUGCCGACAAGGCCAAGUACCAUGGCAAGUCCAAGAUUGCCAUGGAGACCUUCCACGAGAUGUACUUUGACGGCGACGUCGACUUCAACGGCGACUGCCUCGAGGUCAUGGAGUACCGCCACGACUGGGCCACCUUUAAGCUCACCAUCAACGUGCUCAAGUACUUUCUGCUCACCAUGAUUCCCGAGGUUAUUGUCCACUCCAAGUCUCAGGACGAGGAGCAGGUUCGUGGCCACUACGACCGCGGUGAUGACUUUUACGGCUGGUUCUUGGGCCCGCGCAUGAUCUACACGUCGGGCGUCAUCUCCGACCCCAACGUCGAGGAGUCCCUCGAGCAGCUGCAGGACAACAAGCUGGCCAUCGUCUGUGAGAAGAUCGGCCUCCAGAAGGGCGAGCGUCUGCUCGACAUUGGCUGCGGCUGGGGCACUCUGGCCCGCUUCGCCAGCGUCAACUAUGGCGCCAAGGCCACCGGCAUCACCCUCGGCCGCAACCAGACGGCCUGGGGCAACAGUGCACUCCGCGAGGUCGGCGUCCCCGAGGAGCAGAGCAAGAUCCUGUGUCUGGACUACCGCGAGAUCCCCGUCCCCGAGGGCAAGUACAACAAGAUCACCUGUCUCGAGAUGGCCGAGCACGUCGGCGUCCGCCACUUCUCCAGCUUCCUGCGCCAGGUCUACGACAUGCUGGACGACGACGGCGUGUUCUACCUGCAGUACGCCGGCCUGCGCAAGCCCUGGCAGUUUGAGGAUUUCAUCUGGGGCCUCUUCAUGAACAAGUACAUCUUCCCCGGCGCCGACGCCUCCACCCCGCUCGGCUGGGCCGUCGACCGCCUGGAGGGUGCCGGCUUCGAGAUCAAGGACAUUGACACCAUCGGCGUCCACUACUCUGCCACCCUCUGGCGGUGGUACCGCAAUUGGAUGGGCAACCGCGACAAGGUCGAGGCCAAGUACGGCAAGCGGUGGUUCCGGAUCUGGGAGUUUUUCUUGGCUUACUCGACCAUCGCCUCGCGCCAGGGCACGGCUACCUGCUUCCAGAUUGUGAUGGUGAAGAACAUUAACUCGACCCAUCGCAUUAACGGUGUCAAGACGCAGUUCGGCCUCGGCGGAGCCCUGCGCUCGGCCAAGGUCAACUUUGCCGCUUGGGCAAAGAACGAGGCCACCAACUUCCCGUCUGUCUCUAGCGAGUAA